CACACGCACGCGGAGACAAAUGCGCCACGCGAUCCCCCCCGCCUCCUCCGGCCACCGCCUCACCUCACCGCCGGCGAGACCACCCACCGCCGCCGCCCCCGCCAUUCCCCUCUCUCCAUCUGUAUGCGUAACCUGACGCCGCCGUCGCCUCCCUCUUCGUCUCCUCCUCCUCCUCGAUGGGCAUGGGCGUGAGAGGCGGUGGGGGAGGGGCCAGCGGCAGCGGCGGCGGCGGCGGCGGCGAGAGGUGGAGGUGGAUCCUGUUCUUCGCGAUGGUGUCUGUCUUCUUCCUCCUCUCCCUCCUCCUCCUCCUCUUCUCCUCCUCCCCGCCGCGCCUCCGCCUCCCGGGCCCCGCCGCCGCCGCCCCGUCCCUCGCCGACGACCUGCGCUGCGGCCACGGCGCGCCGCCUUGCCUCGCGUACCUCCUCGUGGGUGCCCGCGGCGACGGCGCGCGCCUCCUCAGGCUCCUCCUCGCGGUGUACCACCCGCGCAACCGCUACGUGCUCCACCUCUCCGCCGACGCCUCCGACUCCGAGCGCCGUGACCUCGCCGCCUGGGUCGCCGCCGCCACCCCCGCCGUGGGUGCGUUCCGGAACGUCGCCGUCGUGGGCGCGCCUACCGCCGGGACGCCCGUCGGCUCCUCCGGCCUCGCCGGCACGCUCCGCGCAGCCGCCGUGCUCCUCCGCCUCCACCCCGAUUGGGAUUGGUUCAUCACCCUCAACGCCGCCGAUUACCCCGUCGUCACCCAGGACGACUUGAUUUAUGUCUUAUCAAAUGUUUCAAGACAGUUUAACUUCGUUGAUCACACCAGUGACAUUGGACAGAAAGAGUCAGAGAAGGUUCAAUCGAUGAUAGUGGAUGCAGGAAUUUACUUGGCCGGGAGGACCAACUUUUUCCGAGCUUCAGAGAAACGGCCAACACCUGAUGCUUUUAAGUUCUUCACAGGUUCUCCAUGGGUUAUUCUGAACCGGCAGUUUAUAGAGUACUGCAUUCUUGGUUGGGAGAAUCUUCCUCGGAUUCUUCUUAUGUACUUCAACAACAUUAUGCUACCUCAGGAAGGAUACUUCCACUCAGUCAUAUGCAACUCACUUGAAUUCCGAAAUUUCACUGUGAACAAUGACCUGAGGUACAAAGCGUGGGACAAUCCACCUCAGACAGAACCUGUUUUCCUGGACAUGACACAUUAUGACAAGAUGGUGGAUAGCGGGGCACCUUUUGCAAGGCGUUUUCGUGAGAACGAGUCGUUGCUGGAUAAGAUUGACGGUAACGUACUUGGGCGUUGGGGUCAUGGGCCUGUUCCUGGUGCCUGGUGCUCAGGCAGGAAGAGCUGGUUCAGCGACCCAUGUUCCCAGUGGAGUGAUGUGAACAUCGUCAGGCCUGGACCUCAAGGCAUCAAGCUCCGUCAAUAUAUAAAUCGGGCUUUAGAAGGAGGAGAAUUUGGCAGCAAAUCAUGCAGGAGGUAAUGAUCCCAUGGUUGAGAACUCUGAGCCUUUUCCAUUUCUCUACUGAAGGUCUCUCCAUUCUACAGAAUAAGCAGUGUUUUUUCAUUGAUCUGAAAUGAACAAACUGCAGCUGAAAAGAUGUGCACAGAUAUAUAGCUGUGGUCUUAUGGAGUGCUGGGGUAAUCUUUCUGAACAUUUUUGUGGUCACUAUCAUAAUCUUGGCUCAAGAAUUUCACUUUCAGCAAGUUCAUUUCUGACUCCUCAAUGACACUGAAGGCAGAGCUGAGAGCAAGCAGUAACCGAAGCUUAUAGUUAUAAACAGUGCAAUUAACCUGUAUAGUAUUUUUAUAUGAGUUAAAAUGGUUCUGUCCUUUAGCUCAUCUGCUGAAAAAAAUUGUGCGCUGCUCUUACAUAUUGAUAGAAUGGCAGCAUCGAAGAGAAAAAAGAAAGAUAAGACACGGGAUCUUGUUGAUCUGAUUGUCUUUGAUGCUAUGUUUACUAAUACUAUUUACAAACUUUAUGAUGCCUAUGAAAAGAUUGAUUGUGCACAUUAUAUUAUAAAC